AUGAUUAAAUCUGCUGCUCAGGAGGACCCUACCUAUUCAGCAGAGGUUGCAAUGCUCAGCAGUGGACAGGACAUGGUGACGAUGAAGAAUCUGUAUACACGUGUUGCGGCUGCUGAAGACCCCAAGACUCUCACUUUGGAGAAGUGCAAGCUUAAACCAAGUCCUCCCCUGAGUGUGGCUAUGGAUGCCUCUCUUGCCGAAGUCGCCAUCAAGCUCGAGGUCCAAUCCUACGUCCCGGUCCUCGUUGGAGAGGAGGUCUGCGGUAUCGUUGAUGUUGAUGGCGAGGUCUCAAUGCUUUGA